CGGCUGCUUCUGGGGUGCUGCGUUUUCUUUUUCUUUUUACUUUCUUUCUUUUUUUUUUUUAUAGGCUCCGAGAUCUGCGGCGCCUUCUCGCUUCGCUUUCGGCCUUGCCUCGCGUCCUCCGCCGUUCUGGCAGGCUGCGGCCGGGCUCUUCCGUUGCCUUAAUGGGGAGUUCGCGCGGUGCCGGCCCUUCGCCGUUCCUCCCUGCCCAGGCCGGCAGCGCGAGGAGAGCGGCGGCUUCCAGCUCCCGCCUCUUCCCCUUGGUCUGUGCUGCUCCCACUUUUGGCGGCAGGGCCUAAAUGGCUUUCCUUCGCGUUUGUUUUUUAGUGCAAAGUGAAGAUGCCAUAUAUUAAGAAGACAGCUGGAAAAAAGGCCCCUGCAAAAAGGAAACUUGCUGAAGUGUUUGCCCUGGGGGAGGUUCUAACAGACACAUCAAGGAAAGAAUGGAAAUUAGGUGCUCCUAUAGGGCAAGGAGGCUUUGGACGCCUAUACCUUGCUGAUGUUAAUUCUUCAAAGUUGGUUGGCAGUGAUGCACCUUAUGUUGUGAAAGUGGAACCCAGCCAGAAUGGACCUCUUUUUACUGAGUUAAAGUUCUACAUGCGAGCUGCUAAGCCAGAUGAAAUUCAGAAGUGGACUAAGUCCCAUAAACUGAAAUAUUUAGGUGUACCAAGAUAUUGGGGUUCUGGCUUGCAUGAAAAAAGUGGAAACAGCUAUCGGUUUAUGAUAAUGGAUCGUUUUGGAAGAGAUCUUCAGAAGGUGUAUGAAGAGAAUGCAAAGCGAUUUGCUCAUAAAACUGUACUUCAAUUAGGCUUGAGAAUACUUGAUAUCCUGGAAUACAUCCAUGAGCAUGAAUAUGUGCAUGGAGACAUCAAGGCCUCAAACCUUCUUCAGAGUUGCAAGAACCCUAAUCAGGUGUAUUUAGUGGAUUAUGGGCUUGCCUACCGAUACUGUCCUGAAGGAGUUCAUAAAGCAUAUAAGGAAGAUCCUAAAAGAUGUCAUGAUGGAACUAUUGAGUAUACCAGUAUAGAUGCACACAAGGGUGUGGCACCAUCGAGACGUGGGGAUCUGGAGAUCUUAGGUUACUGUAUGCUUCAUUGGCUUAGCGGCCAUUUACCAUGGGAGGAUAAUUUGAAAGAUCCAAAUUUUGUCAGAGACUCAAAGAUCAGAUGUAGAGAGAAUGUUUCAGAGUUGAUGGACAAAUGCUUUCCUGGGAAGAAUAAACCAGAUGAAAUAAGGAAAUAUAUGGAAAAGGUGAAGCAACUGAGCUAUGAAGAGAAACCUGUGUAUCCACAUUUCCGAGAAAUACUUCUGCAAGGACUCAAGUCCAUUGGACAAAAAGAUGAUGGAGUACUUGACUUUGGCUUGUCAGAAAACGGAGACGUACAAACGAACCCUGUACAAAAGAAAAAGAGAAAGGCAGCAGCUGCAGCCAAUGAGAGCAGUGAAGCAGAAAUGGAAGAUGCAGGAAGUCCAGAAAAAAAGAAGCCUGCUUCUUCCAAAGCAGUAGCUACCAGAACACGAAAAACGACAUCACCAAAAACCAAGAAAAGCGCAGCAACCAGGAAGAGAGUUCAGAAGUAAAUAAUGAACGCAGCAACAACUUAAGUUGCUCUUCAGCUCAUCUCUUUUUUUUUUUUUUUUUUUUCAGUUACUGUAGCACUGGAAUUUAUUUCAUUCCCUUUUUUACAUAAUAAUUCCUGUAAAAAAAAAAAAACAAACAAAAAACAAAAACCUUGGACUGCUGCUUGUACUUGUUUUUUGAAGAAUAAAUGUUUUAGUAAAAUAUUUGCAUAAGAUAUGUCUGCUGUAGUACCAAUGAAAAGUUUUGCCAACUUUGAAAUGAGGGUGCAUUUUUAUUUUUUAAGAGGAAUUUGUGCAUAUAAAUGCAAACUAAAAGAGUGGGGUUUUUUUUCUACUUUAUAAUAUAGUUUUGUUCUGGUUCUUUUUAAGGAGCAAUAGUGUGGCAUUUGAUUUCUUUUAAUUUUGAGUAAAUUUGAAAGAACUUAAAUGUACACAGAGAUGAUUGAAGUCAGGAGUCUGAAAUAAUAGACGUUUUAAAUAUUUCUCAAGUAUUUUAAUUGAGAUAACAACAUAGUAAAAUACACCUUUCUAUUCCAGUUUAUUAUAAAAUGUGUUUAAACAGUUCUUUUUAGGAUAGGUACUGAAUUUGAGUGUGAGCUCCUUUUUUUUUUAAUAGUUGUUGUUUCUGUAUCAUUUUCUCACUCUUCAGAGUUCUUCUGGAAUAAAGAAACCAGAAUUUCAGAUAUAAUACCCAGAGCUUAAAAAAAAAAGGGGGGGGAGGGAGGGGAAGAACUAGCAAUCGUCAACUCAUCUCUCAGGGUUUUGUUUUAUAUCAGUGAAGAGCCUGGAGAAGUUAAUAAAUGUGAAUUAUAACUUUUUAAGGUAUCUAAUUCCAGUGAAAGCUUGACUCACGUGCACUUCUCAUAACAAAAUAAUGGUUUUCCUUUUUUAAUAGCUAAGAAACAUAUAAACUUCCAAAAUCUCCUUAAAAGCACUUCUUUUCUUUGGUGUUUUAAGUUUAAAAAAACGAACAAACAAAAAACCCCAGUAUUUAACUUCAGUGUGAAAUACCUCUACUUUUGGUUUACAUACCACAGAAGUGCAUAUAACUAGGGCAUGAACAUAUUUCUUAUUAGAGAGAGUGCGCUGUGAAGUUUGAUAAACCAAAAGGAAUCCGUUUGAGCCGAUGGGUAGUGUUUUUGUGUGGAUGUCCAGUGUACUGCUUGCUUGAUAGUAUAAUGUUUGAGUAGCUGCACACUGAAAAAAUGCUCUAGCAUAAAAUGCUGAAUGAACGAUGAGGUAAUGUUUUGAAAACAAGGGGAUUUUUUGUUUUCAAAUAAAACUGGAAACUCAUAUUUAAAAGGUCUAGUGCCUUGUCGUUUUUAUUUAGACUGCUAUAUGGGCACAUUUUCCUAGGUAUUAUCAAAGUGUGGCUGAAGUCUCUUAAGUGUAGCAUUCUAUUUCAGAAACAGAAAUAAGAUUGCUGAAGUCCCACAUGUGAAUCUCCUCAAAUCAAGCUAUUAUUUUAAUGAACUCAUUUAAUAUUUUUUUUCAAAAAGCAUUAAGCUGUUCUGGAUAACUAUUGUCAAGAAAGCAUAUUUUAUUCUCUUUCUUAUCUCACAUACAUCA